UGUGUUGUCAUGUACACUUCCGGUUUAGCACCAUGUUUGCAUGCAAUAUGGCAACUUUGCUUAAACGCCUUACUCUCUGGUUAUAAAUCAAACAUAUGCAUAUGUUGUCUUAAUUAAAUACAUUAUAGCACGAGCCAUAGGCGAUAAAGUGUGACAAUCUCUCAGUUUAAGGUGGGGGCGUUGGCGUUAGGCAACCUGCGAAGAGACUUCUUCUGCUACAGCAACCCUGAAUCGAGGUCCACAACAAAAAACCGAGGCCGAGACUGAGCAGCUGAAUGUGGAUGAUAUCUACACCUCCAAAGGUUGGCUGCUUUCCCAGCAAAUCAGUCGGAGAAUUAUGGAUGAAGGUGGCAGAACUAAUGAUGCGCAGGCGGAGCUGGAAACUGUGGAUGCCGAGCUGGAGUUGAUAGAGCUGCAGAUCUGCGAGCUCCUGCAGAAGCAGGCUGAGCUGACGUGUCGUAAAGAUGCACUGCUGCAGCGACUGAAAGAGGCCUGUAAUGCUGCACAGCCGUCAUCCUCAAAAUUAUCUGGAGCGAAUCCAGUGCUAAGCAAGCAGGAGUUGCAGCUUUAUGAUGGCACAGAUUUUCCAUGGUUCAAAGAAGUAGAACAGCACCUAAAGGACCCGUUCCAUCUCUCCACGUUCAGAUCUCUGCAGCUGAAGGCCAUCAACCUGACUCUGUCAGGCAGAGAUCUCUUCCUGGUGAUGCCCACAGGAAGAGGAAAAAGCCUUUGCUACCAGCUGCCUGCCCUCUGCUCUAAAGGUUUUACAUUGGUUGUCAGUCCCUUGGUGUCCCUGAUGGAGGAUCAGAUAAUGUCCCUGAAAUCCAUCAAUGUGCCAGCAGUCAUGCUCAAUGCGUCCAGUACCAAGGAGCACGCCAAGAACGUUAUGGCUGGGAUGACUGAUCCCAAUGGUCCCUUCAAGCUGCUUUACGUUACUCCAGAGCGAAUCGCCAAGAGCAAGCUGCUCAUGUCUCGUUUAGAGAAAGCCCAUAACGCAGACCUCCUGAGUCGGAUUGCUGUGGACGAGGUUCACUGCUGCAGUCAGUGGGGACAUGACUUCAGGCCAGAUUUUAAACAGCUGGGCAUCCUGAAGAGGCAGUUCCCCAAAGUGCCCCUGCUAGGACUCACAGCCACAGCAACCGGAAGCGUCCUGAAGGACUGUGAGAACAUCUUAUGUGUGCCACACCCAGUGACGCUGUCUGCGUCCUUUAACCGGGCCAAUCUCUACUACGAGGUUCGUAUUAAAGAUUCUAACUAUGAUGCAUCAAUAAGUGACAUUGCCUCUCUGAUCAAGAACCGAUACAAGGAUCAGUCAGGAAUCGUGUAUGUGUUCUCUCAGAAGGAUGCAGAGAAUGUGUCAUCUUCGCUCCAGAAAGAGGACAUCCUGGCCUUCCCCUACCACGCCCACAUGGACCCUGAUGUCAAGUCCCAUGUCCACUGCAAAUGGACCUUGAACAAAAUUCAGGUGGUGGUAGCCACAGUGGCGUUCGGCAUGGGCAUCGACAAGCCCGACGUCAGGUUUGUCAUCCACCAUACCAUCAGUAAGUCCAUCGAGAACUACUAUCAAGAGAGUGGACGAGCAGGUCGAGACGACAGUCAAGCAGAUUGCAUCCUCUACUUUGGCUUCUCUGACAUCUUCAGGAUUAGCACCAUGGUGGUGAUGGAGAACAUUGGUCAGCAGAAGCUGCUGCAGAUCGUAGACUACUGCCAGAAUGUUGACAGGUGUCGGCGCUCUCUCAUGGCUGUUCAUUUUGAUGAGGUGUGGGACGAUGAAGGAUGCAACCAGAUGUGUGAUACUUGCCGCCGUGUAAAAGACUACACCACUGUGGACAUUACCGAGCAUGCCAAGCAGGUGGUAAAAAUUGUCGAGCUGGCGGCGUCGGUGGAUGAGAAGCUAACUCCUUUAAAGCUGGUGGACACAUGGAUGGGCAAAGGCCCAGCAAAGCGCAGGAAGAUGAUCCAGACCACCACCCUGUGUCGGCUGCAGGCUGAAGCUAUGGUUGUGACGAUGCUGCUGCAGGGAUACCUCAGAGACGAUUUCAGCUUCACACCAUACACCACCUACUUCUACGUGAGGCUGGGCCGCAAAGCUCCUCUGCUGAAGAGCCAGACUCACACACUCUGCAUGAAGAUGAGGUCAACUGGGAGAGUGUCUGCUGUGGUGAAACCUGCGAGUGGCCAGGGCAGUGCCAAAGAGGGAAAGGGAUCAGUUCAAAGUGGUGGAGAUGCCCCUGUGUCCAAGAAAGUCAAGACAAACGUCUCCUAACCGCCCACCUUGUCUAGAAGAGAAGCUGCCAAAGUACAGUCCAUCAUUCUUUACUCUGCUGACUACUGCUUCUGUUAACAAUGCACUAUACAUUCUCAGACUUAAUGCUUCACUUUUGGAACACACGGUGUUGAGUGGUGGUGGAAUCUGUUUAUGCCUCUGUUUAUGUCAUUAAAUUGUUCCUAAGCAACAGGCUUGGGCAAUAAACAUUGCUGGCACCACAAGAUCUUAUGGCUGGUUACUUCUCAUACUGCUUGGUGUCUGUGAAAAGGCUUGAUGAUAGCCUUCUCUCGUUUGCAUUAGCAGAGAAACAAGACAUAUCUGUAGGUCAGAUGCAGGGUCAGGACAGUGAAGUUCCUUUUUAAUUUGAUCAGAAAUCAAAUAUGACAUUUAUCAUUAUCGCCCAAGCCUGUUACCCAUGAUCUCUGCUGCUGAAUUUCAUGCGUUCAAGUUUGAUUUGUUUUCACUGACUUCAGAGAGUAAAUAUUCUUUCAUUGUAGUUUUAUUUAUUUCAUGUCACUCUAAAUGGACAGGAAGUAAUGCAUUUUAUGGGGAGUGAGCUCUCAUCACUUUUCUCCUGUUAGUGACUGACGCUAGGUUGUCACAUGGUUACAGGACAUAUUAGCCAAUAAGGAGAAGAUGAAUAUGAACUCUGACCACAUUAUCAGGGACCACUACAUUAGACCAGGGGAUCUAGUCCAGUAAAAAGAAAAGAAACCGCUGACCAACCGACCAGGAGAGGAAGAGAGAAACAAAGGGCACUCGAUUGCAUCUCAACAUAGAAUUAAGAUUGAUGCCGAAAUAAACAUUAUAGAUAACAGUGAUGGUCAUCAAACACCAUCACUUUCAGUUAAACCUUGUUCCGAACACAAAGCCACCACACUUCUGAGAGUGAGGAGCAGACCCUGGGCUGAUUUAGAUGAAGUAGCUGUUCACUAUCCAGGUCCAGUUGAUAGCAAAGCCAGCAUCCCCGUGCCCAGCUCUCCAUUGCACGCCUCCAUCAUCUCUGAGAGUGCAGCAGAAGAGCUCUGUGAUCUGAGGAACUAUUACAGCAAACAGCUGAGGAGAGUAACCAUUCUCCAGACUGCUUGCAGCCUGUGGACCCAAGUGAAUGGCUGGUUCACCACUAAAGCCCCAGUUUGAAGUUCAUUUUACUGGACAUAGGUGUAAAGACAGCUGCAGGGAUUACAAAUGUAUGUAGGCCAACCAAAAGUAUGCAUCACCUUGUAAAUCGCAAUACAAAGCCAAUGGGCUUCAUGUCAUUGUGGAUUAUUACAUACAUUUGUAAUGAUUUAUGGAUUUGUGUUGAACAAGCUUCUGAAGUCACUAGGACAAACCAAACAACCACCAGAGAAAAUACACUGUUUUAUCCGCACUCAGUUUAUUAUUCUGCUGUAUGUUAUUUCAUAGUAGCAUUGAUGUUGACUGUCGGAUCUCCAUUUUGUAAACUCAUACUAAGUGUUGUGAUGUCAUUAUUAAAUGUGGUUUCUAUCAGCAGUGUGAGUGUCAGAUGUGUCAAGAACUGAAGUUGACAGCUUAACAAACACUGUAUAUAGAGCCGAGCAGAGAUCCAACCUCUUUUAUUUUUUUACCAGAUUUCAAAAUAUAUUAGUUAAGAAUACACUUGGAUUUAACUAAGCAAAUAGAUACGAGCCUCCUAUUGGAUCAUUGCUGCAUCGGCAGCAACAGUAUGUGUGGAAAUAAUGAGGUCAGCUGACUACCUGAAUAUACUGAAUGACCAGGUUUUUCCAUCAAUGGAUUUUUUCUUCUCUGGCAUAUUCCAAGAUGACUGCCAGGAUUCAUCGGGCUCAAAUUGUGAAAGUGGUUCAGGGAGCAUGAGACAUCAUUUUCACACAUGGAUUGGCGCCCGUAUACCUAAAGAAUUUUUGUGCAAAAAGUGGCAAAAUUCUCAAGAGUCAUGACGUUUUCUUAGAAUUUCCCCUAAAAGUGACACGAAAAUCCCAGUUAAUAUAAAAGCUAUUCCUCAAGAUUUCUAGUGCUUAAAAGGGCUCCUAAGGCGAGAUCUGCUAAGAGCAGGGAAGAGGACUUUUAGUGGCUUAGGAGUUCCCCUAAGCAGCUGCACAAAAUGGCCAACAGAAGAGGCAGGAGAGAUGUCCUGCAAACACUGGAUGACAGGGAAUUAUUGAGACGCUACAGAUUGGAUCGUGCAGGAAUCAUGUUUGUGGUGGAUCUCCUUAGAGAUGCAAUUACUUCACCAACUCGACGCCACAACGCUAUUACACCGGAGAAGAAAGAAAUCACAACCCUGAGGUAUUUGGCAACAGGGAAAAUGCAACAAUGCAGCAGUGAUGACGUGGGUCUGUUCCAAUCCUCCGUCAACAGCAGAGUCACCCAAACACUGACAGCUUUGUCGCAACCUAAUAUUGUGACAUAAUUUGUUUUAUUCCCGCAGGAUGCCCGCAGCACAUAAAAGGGCAUUUAUGGACAUUGCAGGAUUCCCUGGCGUUGUGGGUGUAAUUGAUGGAACACAUGUGAGAAUAAUUGCGCCAUCAGAGGACGAGGCUGUCUUUGUUAACAGGAAGAAUUUCCACAGCAUCAAUGUGCAAAUAGUGUUCAAUGCGGCCUGUAAGAUUUUGGACAUUGUGGCUAAAUGGCCAGGCUCCACACAUGAUGCGAGAAUGCUCUCCGAGAGUGGCAUCAGACAGCUUUUUGAGAGACGCUAUGUGCCGGCUAAUUGCCACUUGUUAGGGGAAAGUGGCUACCCAUGCAAACCAUGGCUCCUUACACCUUACCUCCAGCCACGCCAAGGGCCCCAACGAAAUUAUAACAGGGCCCACAAGACAACAAGAGCGGUGGUGGAGCGUGGCAUAGGCCAGCUUAAGAGGCGCUUUCAUGUUCUCCACGGAGAGGUGCGGCUGAGGCCUGAAAAAGUCAGCAAAGUCAUCAUAGCCUGUGCAAUAUUACACAAUAUUUGCAAGGUUAGACAGAUUGCAGAAACUCUGGAGGAUGGCGAUGAGGAUGAGGAUGAAGACAACGAUGAGGAUGGUGGUGAAGAAGAUAUUCACAUUCCACAGGGGAACCUAGUGACUGCCUUACAGGGCAAACUUCACAAAUUUACAUUUCAGGCAAGCUGUAGCCCCAUGUCAUUUGAGAACUUGUGAUGGUAUUAAGAACUACCACAGUUUUACUGCACAUCACCUGCAAUUGUUAAAUGCAAGACACAGAACACAAUCUCUAAAUGAUUUCUUUUUUAGGUGUUCAAUUUUAAGGCAGUAGUACUCCUCCUGAAGGGAAAGGACUUUUUUUUGUUGUUCAAACACAUCAAUCUUCCCUCCUGCAGGGAUGCUGACGGAGCAGGUGCUGCGGAUGGGAAUGGUGUUUGAUCCGCCGGGCUAUCCUGAGUAGCAGCUGCAGGUGGUUCAGGCGGCAAUCUUGUCAGCAAACUUGAUGGGCCCAGUUCUUGUGAUGGCUCCAUGCUACAUAAAUACAUAUGCCUAGUUUAAUUAUUGUUUUGAUCAAAUUAAUUUAAUACAAUGAGCAUGGAUAACACAUGAAAUGGCUUCUGCAAUGAAUAAACACUGUUGAUAUGAA